GAGAUACGUACGGCGCCCCGCCUGUCGCCGCUGGAGUAUGCGGAGGUGAAGCAGAGGCUCACCCAGGUGCCACGCCACGUGCCGGGUCCGGGGCUCUUGUUCAUGAAGGAAUACGAGGACCUCGUGCGGGCCUGGGACAAGCAGCAGUUGCAGCAAAUCAACUACCACCGCCUCGUGGACCGCCAGACAGGGGAGGAGCGCAUCGUCCGCGGGCCCCAAAUGUACGUGCCCGAGCCCACGGAGGACAUCGUGGAGAAGCAGGAGGCGCUCAUGAUCAGCGCCUUUGAGGCAAUCAUUGUGGAGAACAAGGGCACCGGCCUGAAACGCCUGGUGAGCCAGCCCGGGCUUUGGUACCCUGAGCCCUACGAGGUCCUGGUGGAGUGGCGCACCGCCAAACUCAUCGAGGAGACGGACUACGCGGUGGUGAAGAACAUCCUGAACGGAUCGACCAGCGUGCGGCCGGGGCCCACUUUGUUGCAACUGGGCGCCUACGAGGUGCUGGUGAAGGAGGCGCCCAAGAUAGUGCUCCGCAAGGACGAGUUCCUGCGCCUUGUGGACCGCCGGUCUGGGGACGAGCGGAUGGUGCCGGGCCCCGCAGCGGUCGCCCCAGCACUGGAGGAAGACAUGCCUGACGGUGUGGGGAAAGCGGCGCUGCUGGAUGGGAACACGGCGGCGCUGAUCUUGGACAAGGCCAGGGCAUGGGCAGAAUUCGACUGCGAGACAUUUGGUAGGGGAUUUUUUGUUGGUGCCGAUCGGGACCCGACGGUCCUGGUCUACUGCGGCAAAGUGGGAGUGAAACCACCACUGAACGAAAAGUGAAUGGAGAAGUGGGUUUUUAGGUCGCCAC